CGGGCCGGAGCCGGGCCCGGCAGCGGCGCAGGCGCGGCGGUGGCCGCGGGAUCCCAGCAGGCGCGAGGGCGGUGGGACGCGGUGCGGGCCCAGCAUGUCGGAGAAGAAGCAGCCGGUGGACCUGGGACUCCUGGAGGAGGACGACGAGUUUGAGGAGUUCCCGGCUGAAGAUUGGACUGGUUUAGAUGAAGAUGAAGAUGCACAUGUCUGGGAAGACAAUUGGGAUGAUGACAAUGUAGAAGAUGAUUUCUCCAAUCAGUUAAGAGCUGAAUUAGAAAAACAUGGAUACAAGAUGGAAACAUCAUAGCUUUUGCAGAAAAUGGAGUGGUUUAACACUGAACUGUGGAUAGACUUUAUUGAGAAAAGAAGAAAAGAUCGAAAGUGAGAAGACACACUUAGUUCAUUAUCUGCUUGGAUUUAUUAUUGUUUUGUAUAAAAAAUAAAGUUUUUAAUCUUAGCCUAGUCAUA